AUAUGCUUCCUUAAAGCAGACACGCUACCAUAUGAAGCUAUAAAGCACCAUGGAGAAUACGAAGAAGUUUUACAACAAUUGAUUAAACCAUUAUGUAAUAGUUCAGAUGUGGACGUUGAUUUACAAAUAUCUAAAUAUGAUGUCGUUGAAAGGCAAUAUCCAAAGAAUAUAGGGACAUACGACGCUGUCAUCAUUAGUGGAUCCUUCGCUGACUCAAGUAUUGAUGACAAAAUGUGGGUUUUACGUUUAUGUGGCUUUCUUAUAAUGUUACAUGACGAACAUCCUCAUAUCCGUCAAAUCGGAAUUUGUUUUGGAAUGCAAGUACUAGCAAGAGCAUUUGGUCCCAGCAAAAUCGUAGCUAAUCCAAAAGGAUGGGAAGUUGGUUCAACAGAGUUGAGAUUAACAGAAGUUGGGAAAGACCUUCUCAACCCUGAUGUGACAGAUAAAAAAGACGUUCUGAGACUUCAGCAGAUUCACCAAGAUUGUGUUGCAGCAAUGCCAAGCCAAUUUGAACUUUUAGCAAGCUCUGAACGAACGCCUAUACAAGGUUUAGCUAAAUUGCAAGGACAUCCUGAAUGGUCAGGAUCGAUCAUUCUGUCAUUAAUUAAGGAAUACGAACGUGAAGGAAUAUUCUCCACAGAAUACGCAAACGAAGUGAGUGAAAUAGCGAAGAAACCAACAGAUGCGUUGCACAUUGGAAGAGCAUUGAUGAAGAUACUU